AUGGACGCAAAAAUGGGAGAAAGAAUGAGCCAAGAUGGAGAGAAUAACAAUUACGAAGGUCACUUUGGCGCGGCAAAUAAUUAUGGCAAACUUUGCAACCGUGAGGAGAGUCAAAAUAUGAUUCCACAUGUUGGCGGUAGAGUAAUGGCAAGGGUUCACUACAGUGGGAUUCCCCCGGUGAGGGAACAGGGGGAUGUCUGGUUUGGCGCGGAAGAAGGAGCUGUACAGAACGGGGCAGGGCAAAAUAGGCCAGGACGAAGUAUCCCAGGACAGAGUAGGGAGGCCUCCAAGUGGGCUUCUCCACCAUGUGGACAUUCCCCCAAUUGGCCCAUGCAGAAUGAGGGUGCCUCCUACUGGCGCCCAAGGGGAAGCCCUCAUAAUAACCGCUUAGGAAGACGCCCCUGGAGCCAAGCACCGGGCGCGCAAAGGCAACACUGCAGCAGCAACAACGGUUGGAGGAAUUACCACAUGGGUGGUUGCCAAAGUGAGCAGCCUGGACAACCUCCGCAACAUGCCCACGGAGCACUAGCACCAGAUGGAAAUUAUUUAAAAAAUUAUUUUUCCUCCUAUGGGAAUGGUUACGCGGAUGACGGUAGCGGCAGUGGCAACUGCGGAUAUCACUACGGUGGCGCCCCCCAGAAGGCUUCCGAAAGCGAAAGCGCCCGUGCGUAUAAUGGCGGCAUGGGAGCAGGCAGAAGGGGGGGUGCCCCCCGUACGGUUCGUAGUAGUGGCCCAAGUAGGAAAAUUCUUCCUCCGCCACCCUCCGCCUAUAAGCAACAUAGGGGGGUGUACCAUAAUGGGCUCCACCAAAUGGGCAGCAUAAGUGACGAUAACCAAGAUAUAGAGAAUCCCUACCUGGAAAGCACCAACGUGGUAGACAAUGCGAACAGAGCAGACGGUAGCCAAUGGAUGAGUCACACGAUGGGUGAUCCCUACGAGAGUAGAAGUUUGCCUCAUGGGGAAAUCCCACUGAUGAGAGGUUCUUAUAACAUUCGCAAAGGGAACAACUGUGUGGGAUUCCCUUCGACGAAUUCGUUUAUAGCCCCGCCGUACAGCAACUGUGCGGUCAGGGGGACCACCCACUGGAAAAAAUCGACGGAAGAAAGAUAUGAAGAGCAUUGCUCAUCAGUGAAGAAGCCUGGUGAGGGGAAAAGACAAAAAGUGGAUUUUCCAAUUAGGAGUGAGUCGAAGUACGUGGAGAUGAAUGCGAAGAAGAGAAACAAAACGGAUGAUCAUAAUGAGGAUACGGUUCAGGAUGCAAUUCGACCCAAUGGAAUAAAUGUCGAAAUGAAGAGAAGUAAAGAAAGUAGCAAGUUCAUUUUCUGCCACCAUUGUGAUGUAAACAUCGAAGCAGACAAACUGCAGGAACACAACCAAAGUGAGCAUAUAAAGUGCCCCAUAGAUAAUUGUGGGCAGAUUUACAGCCUGGACGAUUUGGACGUCCACCUGCUAAACCAUAUAAAGAAUGACAAAGAUGAAGUGAUCCUAAAUGACUCCAAGGAAAUUGAAAAGUGGAUCCAGGAGAGGAAAAAAAAUUAUCCAACGAGGGAACAAAUAGCCAUCAACAUGAAAAAUAAUGAAAAUGGGAAAAGGAGAGAGAGAAAAAAAAAGCCAAAUUGCCUAAUUGAGGAAUUAUUAUUUGAGAGCUACUGCUCAGCUGUCGGGCGAAAUAUAUACUUGAAGAAUAAGUGGGAGAAAUCCAUUUUCGUUCCCCUCUUGACGAAGCUGGAACAAGGUAGCCUGCACAAUAAUAUGUACGAAAAUAGUUACUACCCACUUGUUGGCAGUCCCAUGGGGGGGAAAUAUUACCCAACGAAUAUGCGAAGGAGACCAUUUAAAGAGAGGCAACUUAUCGACUCACUCAACAUUCACAGGAAGUCUCCUUUGCUGUACCAGCUGAUGAAAAAGGAAAUUUACCUGUACGAGAAAAAGCUGAUAAAGUGCAUCCAGUUCAUCACGCGCAGUGGCUUCUUUGACGACUCCGAGGGGGGCGCGGGCGGCACAGACAUCCACGAACUGGGGUAG